AUGGGUGUUCCUGGAUUGGCAAAGUGGCUGGAGAACAAGUGCAAGAAGGCCUUUGAGCCAUGUCGGGCAAAGACGGCAAAGGUUGCCGCUGGCCGGCUGUAUCUCGACAUGAACGGUGUCGUCCACAACGCGAGGACGCCAGAGGCUAUCAAGGCCUACAUCACCGGGCUCAUCGAUCGCAUUGCUCCGAGUCAGCUCGUCUACUUUGCUCUCGAUGGUGUCGCUCCGCGCGCCAAGAUGGUUCAGCAGCGCGGCCGCCGGUUUGUCAAGGCCGACGAUGCCGCCGAUGAGCCGGCCUGGCGCCGCAGCGACUUUGACUCGAACCUCAUUACUCCGGGCACACCGUUCAUGGAGGGUGUUGAGGCCAUGAGCCAUAGACUCGCUGCCGAGCUCGCUGCCAUCGCAAAGUAUGCUCAUCUCACUUUUAUCGUCUCGGACUCGUCAGUUCCGGGCGAGGGCGAGCACAAGAUCAUGGAGUUUAUCCGCGGCCAGCGCGCAGCGCCGGGCUACGAUCCCAACCUCGUCCAUGUCAUCUACGGCUCGGAUGCAGACAUGUUUUUCCUCUCGCUCCUCACCGGCGAGCGCCAUGUCUACGUCCUCCGUGAGAAGCCGCAGCGCCGGUCGGCGAGGUCGGCAGCCAUCGCUCCAACUCUUCCGCCAAUGACACUGGUCAACAUCGCUACGCUGCGGGCCACUCUGGCAGCAGUGCUUGGCCAGGACGCCGCCGAUCGCCUCCCCUUUGCCUUUGACUCCUCGGCCGCUAUCACCGACUUUGUGCUUGUGCUCAUGCUGGUCGGCAACGACUUUCUGCCUAGGGCGCCGACGCUCGACGCGUACUUUGGCGGGCUCAACACGCUUGUCACCGCGUACCUUGCCUCGCUACCGCUCAUGGGCGGAUUCAUCUCGUCACCGGCAGGCACGGACUUGCCCGGCUCUAUCUGUCCGUCGCGGCUGGGCAUCUUCCUCACCGCGCUGGCCUCGGCCGAGGCAGCGUACCUGGCCGAUCAGUUUGACGCCUCGCACUCGUGGGCUGCCGAGUACUACCGGGUCCGGUACCGGAUCGACAGCGAUGCCGAGCAGGCAGCGCUGGCGACGCGCAUGGCCCGAGAGUACCUGUGCGGUCUCGCAUGGACACUCGCCUACUACGUUCGCGGCGUGCCGUCGUGGAACUGGCACUACCCAUUCCCGCACGCGCCGCUGGUGGCAGACAUGGCGGCGGCCACCCGCGAUGCGUCGAUCGCAGACGCACUCGCCCUGGAUCCCGCUCAACUUGGUGCGCCGCUGCCUGCGCUACUCCAGCUGAUGUGUGUCCUUCCGCCAUCGUCCGCAGACGCGGCACUUCCGCCGCAGCUGGCAGACCUAAUGACUGCGCGUGACUCGCCGAUCUCGCACAUGUACCCGGUGCGCUUUGACCGCGACGCCGACGCGCGGUCGCGCGACUGGCAGGCCAUCCCGCUUCUGCCGGCAGUGGACGUGCAGGCGGUGGCAGACGCAGCGGCUGACGCGCUGGCGCGCUCGCCGCUCUCGCCAACUGCCGCCAAGCGCAACACCCGCGGCGAGGCGCGGCUGUACGCAUCACUUGCCAGCGGCGGCGUGCGGUUCGACGGCGAGACGCGCGCGAUUUUGCUGCCAGGCGGCGGCGACAUCAGCGGCCUGUUGCAGAACGCGCCGGUGGCACACUGCAUGGUUGCCACAACGGCCGUUGACGAGUACGCCUUUGUGCCGCCGUCGCUAGCCCCGUCUCAAGUGGUCGUCGGCACGCUGCCCGGCGCCGACCCGUGGCCGGUAGUUGCGCUGCACGAGCGCGAGCUUGCGGCCAAGCGUGGCGAGCUCACAUGCGGCAGUCUGCCGGUUCGCUGCUUUGGCUGCGGUGGCAAGGGUCACCGCGCCAAGCAGUGCGUCCCGAUUGUGAGGCCGGCACUGCUGUGCAGCAAUUGCGACAAGGCCGACGUAGUCGGCCACGCGUGCACGCCGCGUCGGACGGCCUCGCCUGACUCACUUGUUCCUCUGCAUGACCCUCACGCGCCGAUCAUCGUCCUCCGCCCCUCGCUGCUAGCCUCGCCGUGGGUGUCGGGUGCGCUUGUGGCGGUCGGCGCGGCGGCCAUAGCCGGUGCGGUUGUCUCCCUGGUCAUGUGGCGCGGCCGGGCACUGCGGUCCUGA